AUCCACCAUUUUUUUUUGAAGCUUUCUUAUUAUUUCCCCCCUCCUCUUUAAAGGGUUAACGCAGAGAAAGGUAGAAGAUACAGAAGAAGAACCAAACUCCAGCAAUGGCCGCCAAAGUCUAUAUUGUUUACUAUUCUAUGUAUGGACAUGUUGAGAAAUUAGCUCAAGAGAUACAGAAGGGAGCUGCAACUGUUGAAGGAGUUGAGGCAAAACUAUGGCAGGUACCUGAAACUCUUUCAGAAGAUAUUCUUGCAAAGAUGGGUGCACCACCAAAGAGUGAUGCACCUCUCAUUACAGCCAGUGAGCUUGCUGAAGCUGAUGGUAUUCUCUUUGGUUUCCCCACAAGAUUUGGAAUGAUGGCAGCCCAGUUUAAAGCCUUCAUGGACUCUACUGGUGGCCUCUGGGGAACACAAGCUCUUGCAGGCAAGCCUGGUGGGAUUUUCUACAGCACUGGCUCUCAAGGAGGCGGACAAGAGACUACCCCAUUGACUGCAAUUACUCAGCUGGCUCACCAUGGCAUGCUUUUCGUGCCAAUUGGUUACACCUUUGGAGCUGGCAUGUUUGAGAUGGAAGAGGUGAAAGGUGGAAGUCCUUACGGUUCCGGGACAUAUGCUGGGCAGGGUGCAAGGCAGCCUUCUAAGCUAGAGCUUGAGCAGGCAUUCCACCAGGGCAAGUACUUUGCUGGCAUUGCCAAGAAGCUCAAGACAGCUGCUUGAGUUCAUUCAAAAAUAUUUUCCCACCUAGAAUUUUGUUGUUUUCAGUAUGCAUAUUAUUAUUAUUAUUUUUUCCGUCAUUCUACAAUACUACUACACUAUAUUAUGGAGUUUACUGAUCGAUAAAUUAUUAUUUCUAGAAUAAAUUUGGUAAUUAGAAUCAUGCUUCAAUUUCUUUUAGUUAAAACUCAUGUGAGGCUCAUAAAGUUAAACCUGCAUUUGGAAGCUUAGUUUGAAAUGUAAUUGCAGUUUGAAUUUGAAUUAUCAAAGGCUUAUGUA